UAUAGAAACAGUAUGUCUUGUACUUCCUGGGUAACAGUGCUAGUGGGUAUAAUGUGAUGUUGUUCUUGUUCAAUGAAGAUGAUCGUAAAGCUGCAACCACGUGUAUUUUUAAUCAUCAUACAGACCUUUUUGGUGACAGUAACAGCACAGAUAAAUCUGGUUUUAAAUGGAACAGCAGCACAAGAAACAACAUAUAUAGACGGAGCUGGCAUUGCAUACAAUGCAAACCUGGCAAUAGAAGGACCUGCGAAUAAUAAUUGGGGAGAUGGAUGUUCAUCUACAGCUGAUAAUCAAUCGAAAACAUGGUGGGGUUUUUUUCUUCCCAAAUUAGUCUACAUUUCAAGAGUUAAUAUUUACUUACGGAAUGAUGUGCCAGCACGCAUGAAUGAUUUCCGGUUGUACCUUGCAAAUGGCUCUAUAUAUUCACAAUCUGAACUGUGCUACAGAGAUCGGUUAAAACAAUCCUACUAUAACCUGAAUCAGAGUAUCGAUUGUGAUAAUAGCCCUACCAAGAAUGUAUAUUUCUUCAACAGAAAUGGGAUGAAUACUUUCAUCGAAUUAUGUUACAUAGAGAUAUAUGAACUGAUCCUGACAUUUCUAUCUAAGAACAGAUUUUAACAGUUCUACUCUAGAAUUGAUACUCACAGUUCCAUCUUUGAACAUGUUUAAAAAGUUCUACUCUCGAAUUGAUACUCGCAGUUCCAUCUUUGAACAGUUUUACUACAAAACAGUUCUAGGUUUUAUGACAGGUUAUGAAGAACAGAUUCAACUUUACAUGUAGUGCUUCCUAGUUUUUGGUAUAUGUAGUAAAUAAAGAAGUUUUAAAUUUGAUAAUAUAGAUUCUGCACAUCAUAACAUUACGAAAAAUUAAUAUUUUAUGUUUGAAUAACAAGUUUACUAAUGAUCAAACAUCUUAAAUACAAAUUAAAUUUCUGCUGUGUUUGGCUUUAAUAAUUUAAAGGCUGAAACGAGAAUAUGUUUAGCCCAUGUUGAAAUACUAAUUGCA